GUUCGUUCGGUGUUGUUGUUGUUGUGCUGUUAUCAAUAUCAGAUUCUCAGGGGAGGGAUUUGUUAUGAACUGAGGGUAGUUGUCGGUAUUUUGAAUAACCAUAUAGUUAAAUUUCCUACACUUAAAUAGUUGUAUGAAAUAUAAUUAUUUGACAAAAAAUAAUAUUGCUGUAGUUUUAUACAAUUUUAAUGGCUGACGAAGACUGGAAGAAAAGGUUAGGAAUAGAAAUAAAUUUCUCUUCAGAAGAUGAUGAUGAUUCUAGGCCGAAAUAUGACGACUCCCCGCUCAGUCCCGGGGUGGACGACCUGCUGAUGGACUACGACCAUCUCGGCAGCACGCCUCCACGCACCAGGAUACGCAUCAAGGACAAGAGCAGACGGGAGAACUACCAGAGGGAAACAAAAUCUAGUCCACGAUUGAUUUAUGGAGGCAGAAGUUCGUCAGAGAAAAACAUCUAUAACAGAACUCCAUCCUCCAAUAGUUUUGAAGAUGAAGCGGAUAGUCCCAUAGAACGUCGGCCGAGCUACAACAAACGGACGAUGCAGCGACUACGAGGCUCGGAGAGAGAUCUCAAGCUGGAUCUGAGCGACAUUCGGACUCCAGCGGCGCCUAGAGAUGAUAGGGCGGAGAGUUUACCUCCACAGUCUGCGUUUAAGAUUUUCGGAUUGCAGGUUGAGUCAUGCAACCGGUUCAUGAGCUUGUCCAGCAAACCGGUUUCGUCGCGCCAGUGUCGUCCGUCGUCCCAGGCCACUGUCGCGCAGAGUAUUGAUGAGUGUAACCAGAGUCGAGUGGAGUUCUACCAGACGUUCUCCAUGCUUAUCAAGAUGGGCAACCCAGAACGUCAGGGCGACGUGACUAGCUGUAGACGUCAGCUCAGUAGAGAGGAACACUUGUGGCAGAAUGAGUUAAAAGACCUGAUCUGGCUGGAGCUGCAGGCCUGGCACGCCGACCGCACACCUCAACAACAGGACCAAUACCUGUGCGAGGCUAGGGAGGGGGUACAGUCACUACUGCUGGAUAUUAUCAAUUACAAAUUUAGAAGACGAUCUGAUCCAACUCUAAGCAACGACAGUGGAAUCCACAUCCCUGCUCAGGUCACCUGCUCGGGACAGUGCAUAGGAGAAGACGAUGAAGGCAACUGCUGCACAUGCCUGUCCAUGUUCUGUCCUGUGUGUAUGCAGCAACAGAACGAGGCGUUGCGGGAGGUGGAGGCUCUCAUGGCUAGACUGCAAGCUGCCGAGGCUCUGUUCCCGUCCAGCAAAGCAUUCGCAGCUCACUAUCCGUUGUACAUGAGCGACAGGUUUAUAGCCCGCAUCAAGGCCAUGUGUGUGUGGUACAAUAUGACCAAGCAUCACAGGCUCAAACUGCUCAUACUGGGCAAACAUCUGUUGGCUCAUGCCGAGAAGAACCAAUGUGCCUCAGAUUUAAUAACGGAGCUGUCGGAGGCGUUCAGCCGCAGUGCCAAGUGUGCAGUGAUCUCUGUGGAGCCGGAGGAUGAGGCCAGUCAUGACUUCUACAACAUCCAGCCUCUAGUGAGAGUGGCCAAGUACUUGGAGCAGGCAGACAUAUCUCACAACAACAACUCCGUGUUCAGAAAAUAUAUAGAAGACGUGCUUAAAACCAAAGGUCUGCGUAAAGCUCUCAGUUUUCUUGAAAAGCUUCACAUGGGCAUGUUGAGGAAGGCUAGUUUCACUCUGCAGAAACCAGAUGAUGAUCCCACCAAUGUGAGUAAUGAAGUGAAGAUGCGCAGGUACGGCUACUGGAGCGCAGAGUCUCAGGGUCUAGGGUUGCCAUCCUACCAGGCUGCCUACCUCUUCAUCUCUCACAUACCCAUGGACAUGAUACAUGCAUACUUGCGACUCAGGAUAGAGACCAAACCGGAGCGACCAUCAGUCAUGAGUAUAAGACAACUGAUCCGAGAGCUGAAAGAAGGACUGAGGCUUGCCGUGCUCAACAGACAGCGCUACCUGGACAACGUCAACUCAUCUUUGUGGAACUGCUCAGCUGAUAUUGUAGAGUCUUUCAAGUCUAGAGUCACCAGCUUCGAUGCCAGCGUUCAGAGUGUGCUUGAGGUUUACCUGGAUUUCCUCCAACAGUGGGUUCAGAUGAUUCAACAGCACAGAAUACAGAAGAAUAUCCUCAAAGAAGAAUGGUCCUUUAUUUCCAGCAUCACCAAACACAUCCCUGGUGGACAAGCUCUGGUCGGCAGCAGCUUUUGUCACAUGGCCAUCUCGAUGGUGAAGAUCACCCGAGAGCAGUUCCAGAGUCAGGUGGAUGAGUUGACAAAGAGCAUCGCCCAUGUAACGGAGGCGGAGAGUAUAAUCAAACAGAAGAUGUUCUCCGUGUGCCGCCACCUACAGGAGCUCUGUGUGGACAGUAGAGAGAAGAUACUCAAUGUUCUACAUCUGUCCAAGAUGCUGAGAAAGGAUCUGGAGAGUGAGGCUUACGAGAACAACCUCUCAUCACUGUGCUGCAACAUCAUCGGCGACUCUCUAUCCAAGCUUAAGAGAGAGGCGCUGAGCAUGUGUGAGUGCAUCUCCACCAUAGUGAGACAUAUAGACGACGCCAGCCAGGUGCCGGAGGAUUGGGACGAGGCCGACAAAGACGUCCUUCACAGCCGGAUCAGAGAAGUGCUACAUCAGUUUUUCAAGUUUGGAUUUGAGUACCACAAAGACAUCUGCGGUCUGGUGACAGGAGGGUCUCGGACACAGUUGGCUCGUGGCUUGAUCUCGUUCGCUCAGCUCUGGAUGGCCUUUGCCAAGACGAGAUGUGAGAGAGGUCGAGGCCUCAGGCCUAGAUGGGCCAAUCAUGGGUUGGACUUCAUCAUGCACAUUUGUGAGCCGCAUUUCACCAACUGCCUUACUGACGAUGAAUUUGAGGAGCUGAAAGCCAACAUAGACGACUGCAUCUCCCAUGUGAUCGGCACAGCUGUGGUGGGGGGAGGCAGUACGCCUGGUACGCCGGGGUCUUACUACCGCAGCAGGGGCGUGUCACCAUCCCCGUCUAUCACCUCGUCACGUCCUCGGCCCACGCGGCUCUCGUCCUCACUGUCCAACCCGAACAGCCCCGAGAUACGGAGUGAGGCAACCUCCUCCAAUGAAGCGACUACCUCAAACGAUGACAAGGAACUGAACGGUGCGACAGACGGUGCGGUCGUGGAAACACUUAUUUGUCCUAGUCAAAAAACUUCACGGAAAGAUCGCCUACUUGAGGCUGUCCAAGAAUUGGAUGAAGUGAUAGAAGAGAGGCUUAGAAACGAAAACCUCAUCGGAACUGUUGUUGCUGUUAAAAAUCACCAGACGGAGACCAACUUUGUUCGUCCUAGAACUGUCACGUUCGGCUGGCAGAGGGGAAUAAAAAUAGGUCAAGGAAGGUUCGGCAAGGUCUACACAGCCGUCAACAACGAGACGGGAGAAUUAAUGGCUAUGAAGGAGAUUGCAUUGCAACCCAACGACCACCGGACCAUCAGAAACGUGGCCACCGAGCUACGAAUCUUUGAGGGCAUCCAUCAUGAAAACCUCGUCAGAUACUACGGCAUUGAGAUACACAGAGAGGAGAUGUUGAUCUUCAUGGAACUGUGUACGGAAGGUACUCUAGAAUCACUGGUGGCCGCUACGGAAAGUGGACUACCAGAGACUCUUGUACGUAGAUAUACACUGCAGCUGUCCAGGGCUGUAGGUACUUUACACCAGCAUUCUAUAGUGCAUCGCGACAUUAAAAGUGCCAAUAUAUUUUUGACAGCUGAGGGUAACUGUUUGAAGUUGGGUGAUUUUGGUUCUGCUGUCAAAAUCAAGGCUCACACAACAGUGCCUGGAGAACUUCAAGGAUUUGUCGGAACUCAAGCGUACAUGGCUCCAGAAGUGUUUAUGAAGUCCAACUCCGACGGACAUGGUAGAGCAGUAGACAUAUGGUCACUCGGAUGUGUAUUGGUUGAAAUGGCCUCUGGCAAGAGGCCUUGGGCGGAGUUUGACUCCAACUACCAGAUCAUGUUCAAGGUGGGGAUGGGAGAGUCACCCGAGAUCCCAGACGGCCUAAGCGAGGAAGGGCGACACUUUGCGUCUCGAUGUUUGGUUCACGACCCAAAACAGCGAGCUACCGUGGGGGAGUUGCUGUCUCACACGUUCCUAGCUGUGGAUGGUGAAGAUGAAUGCAUUUCUUGCACGAUGCCUUCAAUUUUAGAAGAUUACCUCAAACUAGGAAUUAAGAGAUAGAUUGUAUAUUUUGACUCCAGUGCUCUUUGCUGGUUUGGAAAGACCGAAAGUCAAAAAGGCUGUUGGUGUUGUGGCUAGUACAAUACGAGGAUAUUUAUUACUGUUUAUUAGUCUAUGAUUCUGUAUGCUUAUGUCAUUGACUUUGGAUUCUGCUGGUAAUCCUAUUUUAUUGAUAAAUCCAAAGCCUGUUUUGAUGUUUAUUCAUGUCCAGUUACAUUUGAGUGUGCUGAUCUUGAUUGAAUGGUUGUUUCUUCAUUUGGUAAUUUUUACCGUUUGGGCCUUACUCUUUUGUUAAAAUAUCAGUGGACUAAAAGUAAUAAUUAAAUACCAAUAGGUCAAUUAGAAACGUUGAAGCUCAAAGGUUUUUUUCAUCCUAGGGACACUUGGCUCUAGACCAGAACUGUUUUACACAUUACUUCAUGCUAGUCCUAGAGGGUCAUGGCAUUAUCACUUAGAUAAAAUCCAUUGGUGAUUGGUGGGAUUUGAACCCAGGACCUCGGGGACCGAAGUCUUGCGCUCUACCACACUUCCCCCCAAGAGCUCAAAGGGUUAGCAACAUGUUGUUAACUAUGGUAAUGCACAAUUUCUUUCUGGGUCAUAUUUGCCUAAAUAUUUUUAUAAUACUAUUUAUGCCAUUGAAAAUGCCUCUAGUUGUACUUAAAAUGCAGGUAUUUGAAGACUACAAAGUAUUUUUCGUCAUACUGCAACAAAAACAGCCGUUUUUAAUACAUGCGGAUCUAAAGUAGCAAAGUCAGCUGUUGUAAACAGUUGCAAAAAUUAAUUCGAGAGGUUAAAAUACCUUUAAUUCGUCAGAGUGAUCGACGUCACCGAUGAGCGGCGACCGGUUUCAACCCAGCAAUGGGGUCAUCUUCAGGCGAGAAAGGGGUCUUAAGGGUUGAUCGGUGACGUUGAUUACACUGACGGAUUAAAGGUAUUUUUAACCUCUAGUAUUAAUUGUCCUUACAUAAAAACUAUUUUUGUUUUUGAGCUUUGUUGUUAAUGAUGCAGUAUGACAAAAAAUAUAGUUCAACACACGGGCAAAAAGUGUUUUUUCAGAAACUUGAGCUUGGGUUGUAAAGAAUCACUUUAUGCCUUAGUGAUGAAAUAUACUAUUUACACCCUGUCAGUUGUGUACUACAAUGACAUUCCUCCAAAAUGAUUAUUUUUUACUGUGAUCAAAGUGCUUAGAAGUUUUGACUGAUUAGUGUUAAAGAUUUAAAAGUAGAAGUUAUAUUUUAUAGUUCAGGUGUUGGUCGGUCAUAAAUUUUACACAAAUGGAAAUAUACGUUAAGUUUUAUAGUUAAGGUAUGUUUAUUUUUUAUAUGUUGUAAAAUGUUCUCAUCGUUGUUGGUAAUAUUGUUUGUAUAAAUACUUUUCUGUAGUAAAUAUAUAUUUGUUGAACUGAUAUAUUAAA